CAAAUUUACAUCGAAAUGUUGUUUAUUAACACCCAUAAAGCAAAUCAUUUUCUGUGUGUAGCCUCCCCUAGCUGCAGGCCGGGGAAGAACUUUUCCUCCAUUUUCUUGCGUGCUUGAUUCAGGAGGAAAAUGGGUUCUCAGGUCUCCAAACAGAUAGCCAGGCGUAAAGCCAUCUCAACUGAGAAGAAAGCUCUCUAUGAUUUGCAUGAGAAUUCUGGCGAGACAUACCCUGGUUCUGAUUACCGUCCUGCAGACAGAAAGAAUUGGAUGGGUGGUCUCAAUCCUGACAAAGUUCAUAUAAACAAAAUUGUGUGGCCUGGAACUCAUGAUUCUGCUACUAACAAGAUUGGCAUCCCAAUGAUUUCUCGUCCUUUUGCUCAAUGCCAAAAGUUGUCUAUCUAUCAACAGCUUUGCACAGGCACCAGAGUUCUUGAUAUUCGUGUUCAGGAGGAUCGCCGGGUCUGCCAUGGAAUCUUGAAAACUUACAGUGUCGAUGUUGUCAUUAAUGAUGUUAAGAAGUUCUUGUCAGAGACUCAAUCAGAGAUUAUAAUUCUUGAAAUCAGGACAGAGUUUGGACAUGAAGAUCCUGCAGAUUUUGACAAGUACUUGGAGGAACAGUUUGGAGAAUAUCUGAUUCAUCAGGAUGAUCAUGUUUUUAGCAAGACAAUUGCAGAGUUGUUGCCCAAGAGAAUAAUCUGUAUAUGGAAGCCAAGAAAAUCUCCGCAGCCGAAACAUGGUGACCCGUUGUGGAGUGCUGGGUAUCUGAAAGAUAACUGGAUUGAUACAGAUUUGCCAUCAACGAAGUUUGAGAGCAACAUCAAGCAUUUGAGCGAGCAACAGCCAGCUUCAUCGAGGAAAAUUUUUUACAGGGUAGAAAACACAGUGACUCCACAGCCAGAUAAUCCAAUAGUCUGUGUUAAACCAGUUACAGGAAGAAUCCAUGGAUAUGCAAGGAUGUUUAUAACACAGUGCUUCUCUAAAGGAUGUGCAGAUAAAUUGCAGAUCUUCUCUACAGAUUUUAUAGAUGAGGAUUUUGUGGAUGCGUGUGUGGGAUUAACACAUGCAAGAAUUGAAGGGAAGGCUUAAUUAAUCUGUUCUUGUUCAUAGAUUCUCGCCAUGAUAAGAUCUUCUGUAACUAGUUUCUGGGAUGAAUAUGAUUGAGCUCCAUUGAUGUAGAGGAGCAAGAACUUCCAUUGUCCUCUGUAAUAAUAAUGCUUUAUAUGUGUGAUGGAUUAAGUAUAAUCAAGGUGUUUGUGCA